CCACAUAAAUACACAGUUCAUACUGUAGAAGCACAGAUCUACUUUCACAUCUCAGACGCUCGAGUCAAGAAUACUCAUUGAUCAUGAAGCUGGCUGUCCUCCUCUGCGCAUCUGUGCUCCUCUGUUGGGCUGCUCUCGCCAGAGCAGAUACAACAGAGAUUGACUGUUCUCAGUAUGGAGAGACAUGCACUCGGGAGUUUAAUCCGGUGUGUGGUAAGGAUGGGAACACUUACCCAACUGAGUGUGUUCUCUGUGCAGAAAACAAGCUCCGGAACCAGAAUGUCCAGAUGGCGUAUAAGGGAAUUUGUAACCCUCAGUGAGCCCAUCGUAAAUCAGAGUGACACUAUAUAAAAUAUCAGGCAUUUAUAACACACGGCCACAGUUCUGGCCUUGCAAAUUGUGAUGUGAAGUCAAAAUAAUCAAAUUAAAGCUAAGCAUUCCA